CGCCAGAAGCAGCUCUGAAAGCACAGGAACAGGCUGCAAGAGAAGUAAAACAGAAGAUGGAGGACGCCGAGAGGAAGCGCGAAGAUGUCCAGAAAGCGAUGGACAAGAAAAUCAAGGAAAGGAACACCGAGAUGAAAGUUUUGUCAAAAUACCAAGAAGUGAAAGUAUCAGAUAUCCCAGCUUGAAUAAGGAAUCCAAGGGAGGUUGCUUUCAAGAAAACGUCAAUAGAACAUGCCCAACAACUUUGGGGGUUCUAUUUCUCAUAUUGGGAUGAGUCCGGCCGCCACGAUGCUUGCUUCAAGCUCGGUUAUGAUCCACCGUUCAUUGUUCGCUACUGGUCUAUCGCGGGUUACGGUUUCCGACCACCUACGCCUAUUUCCCACCGACCUUGCCUCUUCAACCCCUCUCGACUUUAACCACCUGAUUCAAGAGCCCGGAAGAAAACUACCUAGCAAUGGCAUAAGGAACCACCUUCGGACUGAGUCAGAGAUCUCUUCAGGGGAAGGGAAAGAAAGGAAGCCGUGGGGUUGUCUAGUGGGCUAUGCCAGACAUCGGUCUUAUACACGAAUUGCGUGUUUACUUCGGGACCAUGUGUUUUGUUGUCGUCAAGGUACUUCUGCAAGCGAACUGAACCAUCUCAUGGACAUGGAUUCUAGUUUGGGCUAUGGACGGAUUCUUAUUAAAACAUCACACAUCAUUGUAAUUGGGGCCGCUAUAUCUUGGCACCCAAAAGCAUCUCAAACAUGAAUCUUAUCGACAUAAGAGCACGUGAUAAUAUCCUCGCAUUAUUAAAAGUAAAUUCGUUGUCCGUUAAUCAUAAGCCCUUGAACUGUGGCUCAGAUCCUUCACAGCGUACCCAAGAUCUUUACUACGACAGGGAGCAACU